UUUGUAGUCGAAAGCUACCAUGAGCUGAACUGUACUCCUAGCAGUUGGUAAUACAUUUUGACUACAUUACCCACAACCCAUAGCGAGUAAUGGAACGUUGACGUGUAUUUUAGUUCUCUACAUCAACUAGUUGAAGCCGGGGUUUCCAUUUUAGCGACAUUUUUGGACUCCGCAGUAAGCUUUAGCUGUUUGUAACGAUGUCCGGGGAGAUUUCCAUGAUCGGUUCGGUAAUUCUGGCCCUGUUUCUGGCCGGGUAUCUGGGCCAGCAGUAUUUGCCUCCCCCAAAACCCAAAGUUAUCGGCCUGGACCUGGGCACCACCUUCUGCUCAGUGGGGGUCUUCCUCCCGGGCAGCGGGAAGGUGGAGGUGAUAGAGGAUGAGGAGGGGAGGAAGAGCAUCCCUAGCGCCGUUUCCUUCACCAACACCGCGGUGUUAGCCGGGUACGAAGCCAUAAAUGUGGCGGACAGCAACCCCCAGAACACCGUCUACGAUUCCAAGAGAUUCAUUGGGAAGAUUUUUGAAGCUGGACUCCUGGAGCAGGAGAGCACCAGGUACCCGUUUCAGGUGAUAAACAACAACGGAAGUGCAGAAUUUGUGAUCUCCACUAACCACACCUUUACAGUGAGCCCAGAGUUUAUCGGCUCUAGGCUGCUGAUGAGGUUAAAGAAGAUGGCAGAGCGGCAGCUGGGAGUACCCAUCCAAAAGGCAGUCAUCUCUGUGCCUGCAGAGUUCGACGAGAGGCAGAGGAAUUACACCGUCCGGGCUGCUAACCUCGCAGGUUUGGAGAUCCUGCGCGUGAUCAACGAGCCCACGGCUGCGGCCAUGGCCUACGGCCUGCACAAAGUGGACGUGUUCAAUGUGCUGGUGGUGGACCUUGGGGGGGGCACACUGGAUGUGUCUCUGCUCAACAAACAGGGAGGCAUGUUUCUAACCAGGGCAAUGGCAGGAAAUAACAAGCUGGGAGGUCAAGACUUCAGCCAGCGGUUGUUCCAGUACACCACUGAGCGUGUCCGGCAGCAGUUUGGCAUCACCCCCGUCCUCAAGGAGGACAUCCACCAUCUCCGACAGGCUGUGGAAGCUGCCAAACUCAACCUCACCCUCCACCCCAGUGCCUCGAUCAACGUUCCGCUGCACCUUCACGCCCACGAUGCCUCAGAGGGCCCCGCUCCCCCUUCAGUUCGCUUUCAGGCGGUGGUCACUCGCGAGCUGUUCGAAGAGCUGAACGAGGACCUCUUCCAGAAGAUCCUGGUGCCGGUGAAGACGGUGCUGGCUGAGGGCCACCUUGAGAAAGAGGACGUGGACGAGAUAGUUCUGGUCGGGGGCUCCACCAGGAUACCGCGGAUCAGAAAGCUGAUCAGCGAGUACUUUGAGAAGGAGCCCAACACUUCAGUGGACCCUGACCUGGCUGUGGUGACGGGCGUGGCCAUCCAGGCGGGCAUCAUGGGCGGCUCCUGGCCGCUGCAGGUGAGCGCGAUAGAAAUCCCCAACAGACACCUGCGAAAGACGAACUUCAGCUAAUCCAGAGUCAGAGAGAGGACUUCUGAUUCCUGUUACUGUGGGAGAGAACAGCGCAACAUAGCACCAUCUUCUGAAUGCCUGGAAGCUUAUUCAGCUUUGUGCUUCCACCGUCAUCGGGAAAUAUUGUCGGUGACGAACAAAACAUGAUUCCAGCCAAAGUGACUCAAAACAUUUGCUUUUGCUGCACACUUUGCUCUAGCAGUAAUAACAGUUUGAUCAGGUUUGAUUAAAUGGUGUGUCUGUUUUUACUGCUCUGUAGCAUCUUAACCGUCAUUCAGGGAGCAGUUAAAUACCAGUCAGAACGUUUCUAUUUAUUUAUUUAUUCUGUUUUUUUUUUUCCAUGAGUUUGUUUUAGUUUUUUACAGAUCUGCGCUAUUCCAUUUUGUCGGAGCCUUCAGAAAGCUGCCAAUCUGUUUGAAAUGCCUCACUUCAUAUUGCCGCUUCACAAACGGAUUUAAUGGAUUUCACUGGAACUUACUGUAAUAUAUGAAGGCAUUUAUUUUAAUUUAACCCCCCUCUGCAGAG